AUGUCAGACCAUAUACCUUUCCAUAUUCAAGCAGAGAUCAUGAAAAGGCUUCCUGUCAAAUCACUUAUUCGAUUUACGUGCGUUGCAAAAGCAUGGAAAUCUUUGAUCGAGAACUCCGAGUUUAUUUCCAAUCACAUCUUCCGUCCAGAACAUAUGCUUGUAACCUUCAAAGAUCAAAAAAUUGUUUCUUUUGUCGACGACGACACUUUCCCCGAUCAGGGUCUUGUUCCGACUCUUCCUCGGUCAGUUCACCAGCAUUCAAGAAUAGUCGGUAGCUCUCAAGGCUUGUUGUGCUUCAACGCUUUUACAGAUUCGAAUCAACCUAAUCUAGGAUAUAUCAGCAGGACAUAUAUGACUGUUAUUUGGAAUCCUUCUAUUAGAAAAUCCAUUGUUCGCAAUGUGUCUAUUGAGUUAUAUGAAAACGAUGAAACAGUUUUUGGUUUUGGAGUUUGUCCUCUUACAUAUGACCCUAUGAUCAUGGUGAUUACUCAGUUUCACAAGUGGCCUGUAAAAGUCGGAUUCACUGGCCUUUGGGACGUGAAGGUUUAUAGAUUGAGCUCUGCAAAAUGGAAAAGCUUAUCUAGAAAUAUUCCAAGUAAAUCAAUUCGAGUUCAAUGUCCUCAGGUGAUUGUUGAUAGGUUUAUCUAUUGGUGUGCAGAGCAGAGAUUGACUACAGAUAAUGGGUUACGCAGGUUUCAUAAUGUGGUUAUGUCAUUUGAUAUGACUAAUGAUAGUUUUAAAGUAGUAGACCUCCCCAAAGAGUUUAGCAUGCCACCCUCUAAAAGACUUGUCCAUUUCUAA